GGCAAACCACUGAAUGCCAGUUGCAUGCUAGCAGGACUAGCCACAGCACCAUCUGAUCUCUAGGCAAAUCAAACCCCGAGACGUGCUGUGCAAAGAGUGGCUAAAACUGUCAGAAGACUUCUUCACUCGUUUCUUAUUGCACUGUUUUAUUUCCAUGUAAUUGUUUAAUUUGUUAUUGUGUUCCAAAAACUAUUUAGCCCAGAAUAUAUCGCUCUUUAAAUUGUAGUCCUCUUCUCGGAGUGCACCACAAAGGCUGAGUUAUAUCUCAUACUUGCUCAACCAUCCGUAUUGGAUAGCUGGCCUACAGACAUUUAGCGGCAAUGGGAUGCAAGACAUGUGAAAAGCCAAAGGUAAGCCAUCGAAAGGGGUUGUGGUCGCCGGAUGAGGACCAGAAACUGAGGGAUUACAUCCUCAAGCAUGGCCAUGGCUGCUGGAGCACUGUUCCUGCCAAAGCUGGCUUGCAACGAAAUGGAAAGAGCUGCAGAUUGAGGUGGAUCAACUACCUGAGGCCAGGACUAAAGCGUGGCUUUUUCUCUGCUGAGGAAGAGGCAACAGUUAUAAAGCUUCAUGCCAUAUUGGGCAACAAGUGGUCUCAGAUAGCAAUGCACCUACCAGGGAGAACAGAUAAUGAAGUGAAGAACUACUGGAACUCCUACCUUAAGAAGAAGGUUGUAAAGUUAGGGGGAUCAAAUUCUCAUGCUUCACCAACCAAAUCUCAAGACUCGGUCAACCAAAGCCCAGAGACGAGACAGAUUCCUGAAGAAGAGAAUAAACAAAUUCCAGGCUCUGAUUCUCUUGAACCACUGGAACCACCCAUGCAAAGUAGCAUGGACCAUGAUUCUUUUAAAGGGACACUCCUUCCUCCCUUUCCCAAAGUUCUGUUUGCAGAUUGGUUAUCCAUGGACCAUCCCACCAAUCAGAGCUUGCUAAACUCGGAUGCUGAAAUGAAUUGCCAAUGGGACUCCAAUUCGAAUGCUGAUCUUUUCAAGUAUGGAUCAUUUCAAGCAGAUGGUCCCUCUAGCAGUGAUUUUCUCCAUGGAUUUGGAGACAGCAGCUUCUGUGGGGAGUUUCAGUUGCAGUUUGAGCAUGGAGAUCAGCUCCUGGGAGGUGCAUUUUGCAAUUAUCUGUCGAUGGAUGAGAAUGGGGGUAGUUGUGGCACAAACCAUGAUGCCAUUUAUUGAUUCAUCGCAUAAGAUUAUUAAUGUAGUAAGAACUGAUUGCGAAUAAAUGUGACAUUGACUUUUCUCUUUUUUUUUCCUUUUUUGGU